AUGGCUGGGCUGGAACCGCUGAAGCAGCUUGGCAAGCAGCCAAACGGACGAACUGUGACCAGGGAGUUCCAGCGGUUGGCCGGGGAACUGCGGGGCGUGGCCGCAGCUCCCGACCUCGAGCAACGGAAGGGACUUUGGCAGUUAGCUGAGCAAGUGGAGCAGACGGCAGAGACGGUCAUCUCCCUGGUGAGGAAGGUGGAAUCCGGGCGUCUGCAGGUGCCAGCGACGCCGAUCCCGAAGGACCCAUCGUCCAGACCGCCGAGUGCCCACGCUCUGGCACAGGAGCUGCGAAGCAUGGUGGAAGAGCUAGGAGAGUUGCAACGCAGCCACACACCUCUCGGACAAGAGCAGCUGGCUGCCCUGCACCGCAUGGCCGAGCAACUGGAGAAGCGGGCUCUUCUGUCGACUGUCCCGUGCCUUCUGAAGAUGAUCGAGCUCCGCUCAAAGAUACCGAAGCACAACACUCAUUUCAUUGGUGUCCGGAUGCCAUGCCACGUGCGCAGGCGACUGGGAUACCUACAGUCUGAGAUCUUGAAGCAGCAGCCUUGGCUCCAAGAAUCCGUCGAGCCAAUUGAGAAGUCCCAUGUGACUGUCUUGGUGGCCCGCUUGGCCUUUGACGAUGUGGCCAAAGCCGUGGCGGCGCUGCAUCAGGCGGCGGCAGAUUGGCGCAGCCAAGGACCCCAUGAGCUACGAGUCGAAGGGCUGGGCCAAUUUCAAGGUGGAGUGCUGUAUGCUCCGAUCCUGCCCAGCCACAGUCUUGCGUCCCUCGCGGAGCACCUGCGCCUCUGCGUCGCGAAGGCUCUCGGUUCGUGUGAUCCCUUCGCCUUCGCGGCCCAGCCUGCGAGCCAGGCGAUUCCCCACGUGACCCUCUUCAAAGGGAGCAACGCUGAAAAGCAGAAGCAGCCCAUGGCAAGGCAAAACGUGAGCCUCGCGGCAAAGACUGUGCUCGCAGGCCCGGUCGAGUCGCUGUCAUUCGGGUCCUUCGGUCUGGAGGAAUGCGAGCUCCUCUCCAUGGGCCACGUGCAGGAGGACGGCUACUACGAGGUUCAGGCCACACUCCGGCUCGCCGACGCGGCGGAAGUUCCGGAGGCGGAUGACAACGACUUCAAGGAAAAGGUCGCCCGGAAGUCGGACAUCAAGGAGGGCCAGAAGAAGACUGAGGAGCAGCUGGCCAGCAUCUCGAACCAGCUGGACGUCUUCCGGGAAGGACGACGUGUCGCCGACAGCUUUCAGUGGCAGCAGGUGUUUCUCCUUGCGUUGGGCCUGGCAUCAUUCAUUUGCCUCCUCGUCGCCUUGGCGGGCUCCGCCGGCUCUCAGCCCUUUGCGGCAUUUCUGGCGGCGCUCCUGGGCUGGCUCGUAGUCUAUGCGUACCAACUACAGGCACAGUGCCAGCGCCUCGUCAUAUCCCUGGCGCUGAUCAAGCACCGGGCAGCCAGGGGGGGCCACAGUGAGAUGGAGAUCGACGCUCGGCUGGAGGCCGACCUCGCCGGCGUCUCCAGCGCGUACGCGUUGCUGCAGGGCGCCGACAGUCGGCCCCGAGAAGCAGUCCAGGCUGUGCUGACGGCAAGCCUGGUGAAUGACUAUCUCCGUCUCCAAGCCCUGGUGCGAGCCUACACAGACAGAUACGGCUUGCUGAUUGAGGGCCGCGACUGGCACAUGGACAAGACCUUGGCCGCAGCUGUUCUCCCUCCCGGGCCGGAUGCUGCCUGCCACACGCAGCGCACCUCGCUAGAGAGCCUCUGUGAGGACGGGCUCUCCGAAGCCGCGUCGCGUAUUGGUGAGUUGCGCGAGUUCCCACCUUCCAUGAGCCCGCGCGACGUCAACUUCGAGGCGGAUGGCCAUCCACACCUGGGGCCGGUGGGAGCAACCCCAGGAGCGUCGAGCUCGGCGGUGCCGUCUUCUGGGAUGGCAGACACGCUGUCGAAGACCAUCGCGAGCAUUGAGGACUCCAUGAACUUGCCCUCGUGGCUACGACAGAUUCGCCACUGA